GUUAAUGUGCUUCAAAGACACAGCAGACGGCGAGCCGUCAUAAAGAGCCUGUCACCGUUGUCCAUUUCUGUAGCGGCUCGCUCUCACGCCUCUUUCUUCCUGGUCCGGGCGCAACCCCCAGUGGACGCGUUCGGACCAGCCAUGGCACCGAAGCGGCGCCGAGACGAAGCUGAGAAGGCGGAGGAGGAGAAAGACCACACAACGUCGACCAAAUGCGGUCUAGCUGGACUUCUGCCUGAGAAGAUAGAAGCCGAUGGCGAGGCGGUCACGCGCGAGGAAAGCCUCGCUGCCUUUGAUUUCCUGGUCGCGGCCCUCACCAGGCUGCGCUUUGAGGCGCUGUGCCUGCUAGGGCUGGUAGCGGUCCGCAUGUGCGAGGACGCACGGCGAGAAGGUCAAGGCCUGCAGCCGCACUGCGCAACGUGUCGCCGGCUUCGGAAGACGGAGCUGGUGGAGGACGACAUGUACGCGGCGAUCUGCGCUGUGUCGGUGUGUGACCUCACCGAGCAGGGCCGGAAAAGGGGCCGGCCGUCCAAGCGGGACCAGCAUCCUGAGGACGACCUGUUCCGGCACGUCUGCGAGGAGCACUUCCCGCGCGACGAGGAGGCCGCGGGUGCUCGCGUCAACAGGUCGGGCUUGACUCCCUUCCUGCCGCCGUUGUCGAAGGGCGUGUUUACCAACGUCAAGAACCACUACGCCGCAAACUUCGCAGCCUGGCUGGCGCGCAGCUUUCGCUGCCGCAUCGACGACGAGCUUCGCGAGCUCCGUACUCCAGCCACCAAAAAGCUGGACAAGCUGGCAUGGAGCAUGGCGCAUGCCGUGCUCUACGACGGCGAGUUAGAGCAGCCGCGCUGGUGGGUGGGUUGGGCCCAGGGCGCCGCCGCGCAAGCCGCGGGCGCGGCGGCUGCAGCGGCGGCACAUGGCGCCGGCCCUGCGGGCGGGGCCGCCGCCGCGCAAGCCGCGGGCGCGGCGGCUGCGGCGGCGGCACAUGGCGCCGGCCCUGCGGGCGGGGCCGCCGCCGCGCAAGCCGCGGGCGCGGCGGCUGCGGCGGCGGCACAUGGCGCCGGCCCUGCGGGCGGGGCCGCCGCCGCGCAAGCCUGGACCGCCCUCGUUGACUACGUCAACGCCCAGCGUGCGUCGAAAAGGGCCGCAGAGCUGUUGCUGCGGGAGGUCAAGGGGACGCAGGCCACGUACAAGAAGGCCAGCACGCGGCACAUGGAAUGGGCCGCGGAGAUUCUCGCAGGCCUUGAGGCACGCCGCGAUCAGCUGGGGGCGCAGGUGCAGCAACUGACGCAGGCGCAGCCGUUGACGCGAGAGGACACGCAGCGGCUUGCAUCCUUGCGCCGGGAACUGCAUCGCGCACGUCCGUUCACGCUGACCCCCAGCCCCUCCUUCGCGCCGAUCUAUGUGCCCCUUGACAACACGUCCAUGGCCCGCCUUCCUGGGCUGCUGCCCACCCUGGCAAGGCGCCAUGGCGAGGUCUUCGCCGGUGCAGGCGCGGGCGCCGUGGCACCCUCCUCGUUUGUCCAGGCCGCGUUUGGCGGCGGGGGCAUGCAGUCGUCUGCCACGCUGAACGCCGUCGGCUGGGGCCUGUUCCAGCUCGGGGGUGUGACCUCCCGCAACGCCCCCUUCGCCAAUUACAUCACCACGGACGGGGUGGCCUGCAGCGUGGCGCGAGAAGCACACAACAAGCCGCUGGCCAACUUGAAGCCGGCGACCGCGCCCGCCGAUGCGGGGGAGCUGUGCACCCUGGAGGAGAUGAAGGCCACGCAGAUCAUCGGUGUGGACCCGUGCGGGGGACGGAAUUGGUUCAUGGCAGCACGGUCUCCGCUGUACCAGCCAGGGCCCUGGGCUUGGGAGGGUGUCGGCCCUGCCCAGCGCUACCUGCUCGAGCUGCACGACAAGCAGCUGGAUGAGGAGUUGUUCCCUGGGCAGCUGCCGCCGGAGCCGCGUCGCAGGCGCAAGGGUGGCGGGCGCAAGGGGGGCGGGCGUACGGGGGGCCACCGCCGGAAGCAAUCUAAGCACUGGCAGCCGCGAGCCAGGACAGCGCGGCGGCGGCGCCAGAAGCGGGGCCGAUUCCAUAUGAGCAUGGGCCACUGGCGGCACAUGUCAGGCCUGGAACGACUCCAGCCAAACCGCCCACAGCUUGCGCCAGCCCUGCAGGCGUACAUCGGCGGCAUCCCCACGGCGGCGACCGCGUCGGCGGCCCGGUUUGAAGAGCGCCUGCGCUACCUCUUCGCCAGUGGGGUGGCAGGGCAGGCGGCGGGGCAGGCGGCGGGGCAAGCGGCGGGGCAGGCGGCGGGGCAGGCGGCGGGGCAAGCUGCGGGGCAGGCGGCGGGGCAGGCGGCGGGGCAAGCGGCGGGGCAGGCGGCGGGGCAGGCGGCGGGGCAGGCGGCGGGGCAGGCGGCGGGGCAGGCAGAGGCGGGGCCCCGGGGCGCGGUGCACGUGCUGUGGCACUACCACUUCUCCGCCUUCCGCCGAAAGCGCUGGGCUGCGUUCAUCCAGCGCGACCGCGCGCUCCACCGCGUCGCCAAGCAGCUCACAGGCGGCAGGCCCAAGGAGGAGGUGGUGGUGGGGUGGGGUUCGUGGGCCUUCCAGGGAGGGAAGGGCGGCUCCCCCAUCUCCGUCAGGGGCGGGCGCGCGCCGACGGGGCGGCUCAUCAAGCUGCUCCGUGAGCGCUACGCCAAGCAUGUGUUCAUCAUCGAUGAAUACAAGACCUCCAAGACCUGCUACAACUGCGGGUGUCAGGAGAUGGCCAUCAAGCGGCUUGGGGGGCUGAAGGAGGGGCAGCGGCCCUGGUCGGUCAAAGUCUGCAACGACUGCUUGACGACCUGGAAUCGCGACGUCUCCGCCGCCAACGUGAUCCGUGUGCUCCUCCUGCUGAAGCUGAUGGGCUUCGAGCGGCCAAUCAAGCUGCAGCGGCCGCCAUGGCCGCCGGCGGCGGCGGGGCCGGGCUGAGAGCCUGAACGGCGCUAGCAGGGCGUGGGGCUGAGGGUGCACGUGUUGAUUGGCGGCGAGUGACGUGACUAGUUUGUUAGCUGCGGGUUAGCACGGACUGUGCACCCCACCCAACCGGCCAUGUCCGGAUUUGCGGGGAUGCCAAAGGCCCCCAACAUAGAGGCGUGUGCUUAGUAGGCGCCCGCGUCAAGGUGGCGGGGUUAAUAACGACCCGGGAUCAGCCCUUUUCCUGCCAUAAGGCAGCCACCUCCUUGUUAGUGCAUCGUACGAUUAUGCAUGUUCAAGGCCUCAGUGCAUUCUGUCUGCCGAGUUUGAAUUCUUCGUAUGGCUGUCCGAGUGGCAUGACCGUGCGUGACGCCACAUGAUUCUGAGCCCUGGGCCCCUGGCAGCGCUGCACGGCGACGCCAUCUGACGCAACUCGACGAAGCUGAGUAGUGUGCUCGGGAAUCCUGGCUUAGGAGUCCAGUGAAAGUACCAGGGAUGGCUGACGCGGCCGCCGGCCGGGCCAACGACUGCACUGGCGUUCCGAUGCAGUGAUGCCACGCAAUGCAGUGUGCUGCACGUCGCCCUUCUACCCCCGCCCCGCCCUUACCCCUUAACCCUGCGCCCCAAAGUCCUCCUGUCACAAGGUCUGCGGUCGACUGCCUGCAGGUGCGCAUCGGCUAUGCUAUCCGCGCGGUGUGGCGUCGCAUUGAGUCUGUGUGGUGCUAUCGCCUUGGCCGGGCGCCCGGAGCGUGAGGAAUGCGCGUCAGCAAAACAUCGACACAACCUGCCAGCUACCGUCGGUACAGUAACAGCGCGCGAACGACGCAACAAUGCCUUGUCCCUUCUUGCUACGCAUUUAUGUGGGCACGGGUGGGAGCCACACACAUCGGGACUACGCUUUCCUGCCCCUUGCCAUGUUCCAUCACGAAGGUCUGCGGUUGGCACCGAGGCAGCGGUCACGGGCGCGCUGCAAAACUGGUUGCGUCUGACCCUGUGGCGGCUUCAUUACUUCAGUCACGGUCGCAAAUCAUCAUCGAUGUAAAUGUGUUCUUUA